GCGAAGCUCGUAAACAUAAUAGGAGGCAGCUCUUGCCACUAUGGGGCUGGCGAACGUGCGACGAUGCAGAGGACCUGAAAGACGUAAGCGCCUCGCCGGUGUAUAAAAUAGCUGGACACUCUCGGCAAACUUUUCCUGGUUGACUCGCCAACGCGUCGACAGUUGUGAAGCCAAUUAUCUAGCAGUUGUAUCUAGCAUGGCCUCGUCUAUCAAGGUCGAGAUACUCACAGGCCUGGCCUUAUUCGGCCUAGGAUGUCUCGCGGCACCGGCAAUGGAAUCUCGAAUUAUGUCCGUCCCUCCUACCCUUGACCCUUAUCUUACAAAGCCUCGUUUAACAUUCCGGCCUGACAACACCUUCAAAAUCACUAUCUUCUCGGACCUCCACUUUGGCGAGAACGCCUGGGACGCUUGGGGUCCUCAACAGGAUGUGAACAGCACUCGUCUUAUGAACUUGGUCCUCGCCAGCGAGAAACCAGAUUUCAUUGUGCUGAAUGGCGACCAGAUUACCGGCGAGAAUACUUUCAGAGAGAACUCCACGGUGUACAUUGACGAGAUACUGGCUCCUAUCAACGCAGCGAACAUUCCCUUCUGCUCCACACAAGGCAACCACGACAAUCAGAUUAACAUCACGCACCUGGAGGAGAUUCAGAGGGAGCUGAGCCACACUGCUCUGUCUUACACUCGUAUCUUCCCUUCCGGUGGCGAGUAUGCUCCGGGAACCUACUGGGUACCUGUCUAUGCCCACCAGAACGACUUCCAACCUGCGCUCAUCAUCUGGGCAUUCGACUCUCAGGGAGGUGUAUCGGAGGGUGCUAAUUCUACAGCCCUGCCGGAUUAUGUCGAGACAUCCAUCGCGAAUUGGAUACAGCAGGAAACUCAGCUAAUGGACGAAGUCUGGGGGCCGGCUGACCAAACUCGCGGUGCCCUGGCAUUUGUUCACAUUCCUCCGCAUGCUAUCCAAGCUGUGUGGGAGACCCUGAACAGCACGAUCAACCCUGGACUCGACGCGGACGCACUCGGACAAGGUUCGACGCAAGCCACUGCCGAUCCGUCGUCCGCCGGCAAAGACCAGCCGUUCUGGGAUGCACUGAACGCGAACGUUAAGAAUCUGCAUGCAGUCAUCUCCGGACAUGACCACGGUAACGAGUGGUGUGCUCGAGAACCGACUAAGAAUGUCAUCUUCUGUUUCGACAAGCACUCCGGGUAUGGAGGGUAUAGCUCUACCGGCUGGGGUCAUGGAGUACGCAACAUCGUCUUCUCUACACCCGACCCGUCCGUCGGCCCAGAAACCUGGAUUCGCAUGGAAUACGGAGAGACACACGCACGCAUCACUCUUGAUAAGAACUAUCAGUAGAUUCGUGUAUGUCGUCCACUUCGUAUUUGAGUCGUCGCAUGGGAGUUUCUGUACCAGACUGCUUCGACCCCAGCAGCAGCAUCACUCCAAGCACAUACCGUAGCUGUAUAUGUUCCAAAGAGCAGUCUUCACGACUCCUAUAGACUCUACAAGAUCGACAGUAAUCCUUAAAUUAACCUGG